AUGAACAUGAACAGAGCUGCCGCUGCCGCGCAUUCUGAGCAAAUGCAUGGCGACCACGUCCUCCAGGGAGGCCAUGCCAUCUUGAAAGAGGACACGGAUCCAACGGGCCAAGACUCGACCUUCUCCGACACUUCCCACAGUGGAAUGAAACAGUUUGGCCUCGAAGGCACCAAGCAGGGCGACUUCCAAGCAAGCGCUGGUGCAAGGGAUGCAUUUGGAGAGACCACGAGGCAGGGAGCCUUAAGGCAUGUAGGCCAAGUCCAUGGUAGGAUGGUGUAA